GUAUCAUCCGACUAGAAGUUGCUUGUAGUGACCGUGCCAGUGCCAGGAGAUGUCGCUGGUCAAUGAUCCAGGAUAUCUAGUACACAGUCUGCGGCUGUCUUAUCUCCGCAACGUUGACGAUCAGUACGGUGGUCGUAUCAUUUCGUUCAGUCCAUCCUAUACUUCCAAUCCAUACAUCCUUGCGGCGUCUCUUGCUGACGCACAGCGAUGGCCAGAGCUAGAGUACCCUUCGAGUCCACCCAUAUCAGACGAUGAAACAGACACCGAGGAGCCUUCCAGGACGACCGGACCCACUGGUACACCUCGUCUCAAACACCACGACACAAUCAUGGGGAAUAAAUCCGGUGCACUUGGUAUGAGAGUGAAUGGGCGACGUUUGUCUAAUUCAAAGCGUGCAUCUCGGUUGGCUGGCAACCCUCCACCGCCGCCUCUGCCGGUAGCCAAAGAAGAGCCCGCCCCACUAGAACAACCAGCGAGGGAAGCUCAGUUUAUACCGAAAUUCAAGGGAGCAGCCGAAAUGGAAGCUAGGCGACGGUUACGCAUGAUGGCGCGCCGUGGGCAACCACCGGGCGCUCAGAAACCACCUUCUGUCGCUUCGAGGAGUUUAAACCCAGAAUUAUCAUCCUCAGAGGAUGAAAAUGAAACGGUCGAAGAAGAGAACGAAGAAGACUUUGACACUGAUCAGAUCGCGGAUGACAUGGACGAGGGAGACGAAUUCGACCCUGACUUCGCAGCACGCACCCCCGGGUUAGAUACUCCUUCGGACAUAGCUUCCAUACUCUCCCCUGCACCAUCUGUCUCACAACCGUCAGUUGUCGUGCUGACGUCUGCUGCAAUCUCACGCUCUCGACUCAGUCCUGUUUCCGAGGGACUUGGCACCGACGACGAUCACUCAAAUACUGACACCGCGGAAGACGUGGAUUCUCAUUUCGAGAUUAUCAAGCCGCCGCCGCCGCCGAACCAAACUGUGAUCCCUAACCCUCCCAGAAUAGAGACGCGUAGGAGGGGAGCUUCGAUAUCUCAACCUGUCGUCGACGCUGACCCUUCAGAGAUGAUAUUCACCCGACGUACAGUGAGCCCCCCACAACCCCGGGUCUCUGCCUUGACCAUGAUGCUCGCCUCCUCUGGGGGAUCAUCCAACCCUUUCAGUGAGUUGUACGCCGCUGUUUCCGGCCGUGGAGAGACUGCAGCCGUGGACGUCAAAGUAUUCUUCCCACACGCACGCCAGCCAAGAGGCGAGGUUAUGACUUUGAACGUCAGAAAAGAUGCUACUGUUGAGGAAGUCAUUGGGUUUGCGUUGUGGAGUUAUUGGGAAGAGGGUUGGCUACCGAAGCUGAACGAAGGUGUUGGUGACACCGAUCCAAAGCUGUCUGCCGUGGGUUGGGUAAUGCGUAUUGCCGAGGAUGAUGGAGAAGUCGAUGAAGAUUUUCCCCCGCCCGACAGAACUGGGAAGAUCUCCAAGUUCAAUUUUGAGGUAUUCGCAAUCAUACUUGCAACUGCAACUCAGAUCCAACAAAAUGAGCAGCUCGAGAGCAAGAUCCAGCGUCAUCCAUCACGAAUCGUUGCUGCUCCCGCCAAGGGUGCUCCGCCCGCCCCAGGGCUUGCACCACGUUCUGCUCCUGGAGCGGAAGCGAGUACGCUGUUCAGCACGACCCCUCUCUUAUCCUCGUCACUUGGUCCAUCCUCUGGCCAGGGCCCACCUAUAUUCUUACGUAUCAGAGUUGCAGAUACCGCUGACGCCGGUCACGUUUCGACGACCAUACCCGUUUCUGCGGGUAUGUAUAUGCAAGAAGCGCUUGAACUCGUUUGCCGGAAACGCAAGUUGGUGAAUCCAAAGGACUAUGCAUUGAUUCUCAACGAUUUAAAUAUUCUUAUCUACCUCGACCGUACCGUCGCAUCGUUGGAAGGGAAGCGUGAAUUGACCUUACAGUUGGGCAUUGAACCUGAGAGUCGUGGGACACGGACGACCGACCCGAACGCGUCAAUCUUCAAACGUAUCUCUGACGCAGCAGACUAUACGACGGCGUACAAGCGAUUCACAGUCUACCGCAAAACCCCUAUGCUCGCCCGCCAAGAACGCACCUUCGCUAUCGACGGUGUCUACAUUCACAUCAUGCCAGCUGCUAAUAAGGCCAAAAAUGUCUUUGAUAGCGGCAAAACUGUGUCCUUCCACGUAAAGAGCGUGGUCGUGUGCCAACAGUCCCAGAAGUCGGCGUCGUUGUUCAAGAUCGUUGUCCAGCGCGACAGUAGGAACAAGCGGUACGACUUUGAGGCAGGACACGCCCAAACUUGCAGUUUUGUUUCAGGUGAAAUCGUGCAUGCGGUGCGGUCGCUCAAGUCCAAUUUGGAACGGUCCAACACCGUCAAUAAAUCCCGGCGUAGCAGACAAGUCAGCUAAGCCUAUCCCCCCCGCCAUCCUUUCUUUCAUGUAGCACGUCCAUAUAUUUCAAUUCGUCUACCACGUUCAUCUACGAUUGCAAAAGUUUGGUUUGUACUUGCAUCUUCCUAGUUGUGUACAUUAAUGGCACAUUGUAUUCUUGGCGUAUCGAAAGGAAGGAUGCCGUUGUCCUCCCCCGAGCUACAAUGCCCCAGAACGGCCG